UAGGUGAUACUAUGAAAAAAAAAAAAAAAAAAAAAAAAAAAAACCAAAAGAAUGCCCACCAACCCACCAACAUAUAAGCCGUGGCUACAAGAGAAAGAGUGCAGUCUGUGUAGGAAUAAGGAACAAGAAGCAGGGGGCAGUUGUAUUUCGAUUUGGAAAUGGCUUCAAGGCUUCUAUGGGCUUCAAGGGUUGCUUCUUACCUCAGAGUCUCAGUAUCUCAUAGAGGAUUUGCUUCCGUUGUGAAGGAUCUGAAAUAUGCUGAAUCUCAUGAAUGGGUGAAAGUUGAUGGGAAGACUGCAACUGUUGGCAUAACUGAUCAUGCUCAAGAUCAUUUAGGGGAUGUUGUGUAUGUUGAAUUGCCAGAUGUGGGGCACUCUGUAACACAGGGCAGCGGCUUUGGUGCAGUUGAAAGCGUCAAGGCAACUAGUGAUGUUUAUUCCCCUGUCUCAGGAAAGGUGGUUCAAGUGAACGAGGAGCUUAACAAAUCGCCUGGUUUGGUUAACACAAGUCCAUAUGAAGAUGGAUGGAUAAUCAAGGUCGAGAUGAGUGACACUGGAGAAGUGAAAAACUUGAUGGACUCUGAAAAGUAUUCCAAGUUUUGUGAAGAAGAAGAUGCAAAGCAUUGAUUAACGUGUGGCGAUGUAGAGAAGUCUUUUUGAAUGGCUUAUUGACGCACAGACCAUUCUCAACAGGGGAAGCCAAAAAAGUGGGGACUUAUUUCUUUCCUUUCUGUUUUAUUUUGUGUUUUCACUAUGCCCAUUUUAUUUCAUUUUGAGCCAUAAAGUUAGUGGGAUGUUUAUCCAGAAUUCCAGAUCAAGAAUUCUCCUUUCCUCUAGGGUUUUAUUCUAUGUUAUUGCUUCUGUGUAAUAUUUCCUGUGAAACCAGAGCUAUUUCAGAUUUUAAAAAUAUUUUGGGAGUAGUAAUGCAAGCUUCAGAGAAGUUUUGCCACAAA